CCUUGUCAUUUCUUCAGAUACAGAUUCUGACUUUGUGCCUGAUGGGUCAACCCAGAUCAAUUUGAGAAAGGCCAGUGUAAUGAAAAGAAAACCAAAACUAAGAAAGCAGAGCUAUGUUCGAGUUGAUGAAAAGAUUGAUGGUCAUUCCCAUGGAAACAUAUCUUCAGUUCUUGAGAUGGAUGAAUCACAGCACAAAGAGCAGAGUGUGGUCACUACAGUAAAAAGGAAAUCAGUAAGAAAGAUGAAGUGGACAGAUAAUAAAGUGCAUGAAAAUUAUGAUGGUAGUGGUCAUGGAAGAAUAUCUUCAGAUACUGACCAUGAUGAAUGCCCACAUGAGCAGCUGAGCAGGUUUGUAUCCAGCUCGCCUAUUGAUAAUUCUGACAAACUUGAAAUUGCACUUGCUAUUGACACAUCAUUGGAAGAUCCUGAGAUUCAGUUUGGCAACAUGUAUGAUAACAGUGAGAGUGCUCUUAUGUCUACACUUUCAUGGCAUUUCCCAGAUCAGGAGUUCAUAAUGAAUGAUCAACAAUUACCUGUGGCUUCAACAGAUGAACCAGCUAGGGAUGAAAGUAUAAAAGAGGUCCAGAAAAUAAAAAUAAGACGUGUAAAUAUAAUUCAAGAUAUGAAGAUAAGGAAGAUAAGGAAUGGCAGGCUGUUGGCAGAAUAUGGUGUAAAGGUUAUGUGGACCAUGGUAUUAUACCUGUCAGACUUUCACAAGCAUUUGUCUUUGCCUGUAUUCAGGGAAUUGAUGCAGUGGAUGAAAGCCUAUUGAUGUCAUCCUUUCUAAAAUACUUGUCUUCAGCAGAGCAAGAAUGCGUUGAGAAGGCAUUACAGGGCAACAUGGAUGAAAUUAAUAAGGAAGACUUAAUUGACCUCUUCACAAGAAUGGGAGCUCACAUCCUGCCUCCACAAGAUAAUAUGCAGUCUGCCAUUUUGACAAUGGCUCACAAAGUUUUAUUGCAAGAGCCAAAAUUCAUCAUUGAUUGCUUCAUAUCUGUUAGAGCAGUCAUGCACUGUAAUCUGAUAAAUAAAGAAAGCAUACUGAAGCUGUAUGAGUCAAAGAAGGCAACAAACAGGAAAGUAGCACAAAUUUUAAAACCAUCAAAAGAAUUCUUGAGCCAGCAUGAGCAAGUAGUCUUAAAUCAUUUACUGCGCUAUGUGCGAAGUGUAGACCAGAGAAGACUUGAGACCUUCUUGAGGUUUUGCACAGGCUCAAAUGUUAUGUGCAAAGAGAAAAUUGAAGUAGCAUUCAAUAAUUUGUCCGGUCUUAGUCGAAGGCCUGUAGCUCAUACUUGUGGAGCAGUUCUUGAGUUGCCAUGCACCUAUAAUUCAUAUCCCGAGUUUCGUACAGAAUUCGACAAUAUUCUGUCUGGCAAUUGCUUUGCAAUGGAUAUAUUGUAGGCAUACACACUGCAUAAAAUGUGUAUUUUCAGGUGUUCUUUUUUUUCUCUUUUAGGUCACUAUUCCAAGGUUUGGCAGUGCGGAGCCAAGUACUAUGGAAUAUUAUGUAAUGUGGGACAGUAUUUAGAUUAUGUAGCAGAGACCCUGAAUGAUAAAACACAUUCAUUAAUUCAACAAAUACAUUUCUUACUUAGAGUGGCUUUGGUAUUUUAUUUUACUUCAACUAAAAGAAGUACACUAGUAAGAAUCCGCUGAAAAUACUGUAGAAAGGAAAUUGUUACCUAUCACGUAAUGUCCCAUUAUUGCAGAAUCCACCCUACCUCUGGAGAUGUAUAAUAGCACCACACAUGAUCUUUAAAUUCAGUUUUGGAAUUAUACCACACAAGCAAGUUGUCUGACUUAUCUAAAAUGUUUCAGAGUGAAUUUGUAUACUAUACCACAAAAAUAUUUUGAUAAAGGUCCACAUACAUUAAUCAAGAAUUGUUUUUUGAAUCUUAUAGAAGGAUCUGCUGUUUGAUACAUUGACUGUUUUCUCUGUUUUUCUAAAGAGGUAUUUAGGAAAUUGCAUAGGUUCUAGAUAAUGUAGAAUACCUGGUUCCUGAGGUUUUGAGCUUUGAGUUUAGCAGUUUUGUAUUUAAUGGACAAGCCAUUCAUCCAAAAAUUGAAAGUGAAGUUAUUACAUAUUGUAUAGUUGAAAAUAUAUUUUCCUUGCAAUAGUGCUGUUCAUUGAAAAUGUUUCAGUUUGCACUGCUGCUGUUUUACAAUUUGGUGAGAAGUGCAUAAUUUUGUAGCUGAUGUAGAGAUUUAUAAAGGCAAAUGAUUUAUUGUGUGAAUGUUAUGUUUUAUAGUACCUACUAAUUAAACACUUUUGAACAAC